ACAAAACAACGGCCUAUCUUAAAUACGUGCAGGUGCACAGCAGAUGAGGCGGUGGGUGGAGGAGUUCUACCACGAAGCCAUUUGAAUGAUCGUCCUCGUGUAAGUGACCUCUCGCGUCAUUCUAAUAUAGAGGACUACCGGUUCUGAUCUUUCCUCGUACAACAACGACGACGACAUCGUCAUGCGCGUACGCAGAGCUUGCAGACAGCAGCAGCCGCAUCAUGUGAUCCAUACCCAGACGGUGUCAUAAAGUGGGCAUUCCCUUGGUCGCCAAGAUUAAUAAGCGAGAGAACUGUUAUGUUGGUAUCCGCAUGCACAAGUAAGUAAAAAAGGAGCAGAAGCGUUAAUGCAGCAGGGAGCCAACCUUCCUUGCUUUGAUAAUAAUUGAGGCGUUGGAAAGGGGAAGUGAAGAGCAGCCGAGCCGCAGGAACGCUGUCCGUGGAAUCCACGUCUCGUGAGGAAGCCACCCCCAACCCCACCGCCUCGGCUCGACCUCCAGCGCCAAGUUUCCAUCCAUUCUUGAAUCCACUUCGGUUCGUUGUCGGACCGAUCUGGACAACACCAUGCAGAAUCGUAUAUCAGCCUCUCUGCGACUUUUGCCGGCUUUACUUCAACCAAUACAACAUCAUCUCUCUCUCUCUCUCUCUCUCUCUCUCCUGCUUACUCCUUGGGAUGUGCUUCACGGGACCAUCCGAACAUGAUCGUCUUGUAUGAAAUGGAGUGCAGAAGACACUCGAUGUACUACUGCAGGUCAAACAGUUGUGCUUGGACAAGAAAAGGCAAAAGAAGGGGGAAGAAAACCUGCAUCAGUUAAUCGAGUCCCACUGUUGAGUCAUGCCCGGAGCGAAGAGUUUGAAGUCUCAUGACGGAGACAGACAGGGACCGGUCCAUUGAAGACCCCCUCCAUCUCCAGCUACUUACUGCGUGCGCCACGGCAACCAGCCACCUCCUGACUUUGCUGUUCUCUCCUCCGAGCCUCUCGACUCCCGAGGCUUUGCCUUUGUCAUAAAGACACACAUCUUGUUGCCCCUCUUCUCUCCCCUCCUCCAAAGCAACCACAGGUUGUUGGGCAGCAAGGAGAAGUAUCCAUGUGUCCAUCCAUCCCAUCUCAUCCAUCCAUCUUCCCCCACCACCUUCCAUGGAGUAUUUGUCUGUCUUCCUGUCCUCGUCUUUUAACUCCCAUGUGAGACAGCUCUUUUCAGAGCAGCAGCAGUGGUGUGUGUUUUACAGCGUGAGCGGAGUUAAGCAAAACUACCUCCGGAACCGCCCCUCUCCUAACCUUCCACCAAAUCAAGCAAAAAGGAGCCGUAUAAAGUCCGACCACCGAAGAUAUAGUGGUGGAAGCAGAGCCAUUUCCUUCCUCCUGACUCUCGGUUGUGUCUUCAUGGACUCCCAUCAAUGGCGAGGCCGGCUGCAGUCAGACCGUCAGCCUUCUGCAGGGCUCCCCAAGCUCCAGUUCUUGGAUCACCAGCAGUCACCUGCCUCUGCUAUCGGUCUGCUUGGACCUGAGCACAACAGCAGCCUCGACAACACGCUCUCUCCAUUCCCUAGUAAUCCUCUCUUUAUGAUUUCUAGCUCCCGAGUGUUCUUGGUCGGGAUAGGUUAUUUCACGUUGGCACAGUGGCAGGAACUGGAGCUGCAAGCUUUGAUCUACAAGUACAUGAUCGCUGGGGUUUCUGUUCCUCUGGAACUUGUUCUACCCAUCAAAACGAGCCUUCUCGGCGCAUCCCCAUUCUCUCACCGCCCUCAGCUUUACCACCAGCUCCAGCCAUCUUGGUUGCAGACAGGGUAUUGGGGGAGGUGGGUCGUCGACCCUGAGCCCGGGAGAUGCAGGAGAACAGACGGAAAGAAGUGGAGAUGCUCGAGAGAGGUUGUGGUCGGCCAAAAGUACUGUGAGCGUCAUGUCCACCGCGGCCGAAACCGUUCAAGAAAGCAUGUGGAAAUCCCCACACCGACUUCCACCAAUGGCUUCAAAGCUGCCCUUUCCUCGCCUGCAGGCUUGCCCCGAGCGAACCAUUUCGAUCCGUCUCCAUCAUUGCCUACUCUCGACAUCCUUCCUCUGGAUCAGAGAGAUUCAGACAGCAACACAGUUGAAAGGAGCUUCCAAAGCGAUCGUUCAAACUUCUGCCUUGGAGACAACAAAGCCGGAGGCUAUGUGCUGCAGAAAUUCUUUGAUGAGUGGCCAAAAUCCCAGCAAGAGGCCAAUGACACAGUUAACUAUACCAGCCAUCCAGCUUCGGCCACCCACCUCUCUAUCUCAAUCCCUGGGAACCUGUCGUCGGACUUCUCCCUGAAACUUUCCACAGGUAACGAUGCUAAGAAGCCCAGACAAGCGAGCAACAACGACGGCGCCGAUGGGCAGCUGGUCUGUUCUAGUAACAACUGGUCGGGAUGGGGUCACCAUGGGGAGGCCUCCAUGGGUGGUCCGCUCGCUGAAGCGCUCCGUUCUUCAGCCUCGACGCACUCACCGACGAGCGUCUUGCACAAGCCAAACGGAUCGGUAUCUGAGACCAGUGGCAUUAGCCCAUGAGAAACUAGUAUUACCUGAUUUCAUUUCCUAAAACUUGGCUAUGAAAGCUAAGACUGCACCAGACUGAUCUCUGCUCUUCGGGUUCGCUGUAGCAUAUGGUAUCCUCUUAAGAGUUGUGGUUUGCAUGCAAUUAAGGUUCAUCCUCUGAGUGUUUAUCCAGGUUAGUGGAUGUUGGUGGUUAUUCUGUACUCUUUACAGUUCUACAGUGUGGUUUUCUGUACUCUUUUAUUUCUGCAAGUACUCUAUAAUGUGUAGUUUCUAAAGUU